AUGUCAACCGCGACUCAUCGACAUCCUUGGCUGCCAGGUUCGCUUGGUCAUAUGUUUGCUUUACAAGCUUUCCGCCAACAAUGUCACUCGCCAGGUUACAUCCGAGGUUUCACCGACGACAGACUAACGACGGAUUCAUCUAAUGCUGCAUCCGAUACAAUCGACACACCAAGCAUAGCUCUCGUUCCUUACACCUCACCAACUGCCACUUCACCUAGGUCUACCGAUCUGAUGAUGGGUAUUUCCAGCGAUCACCCCAUCCACCAGAUUCCAGACGAGGUGUUGAGCAAGAUAUUCUUGGUUACCACGCUAUCUUCGCUCAGCAAAUGGGAUGAGCCAGACCCCACAGCCGGUUACGACUCGAUUCUCCCUUUCCCUUUGGUGGCCUGUGCAGUUUGCCACCUAUGGCGUUCCGCAGCGCUCAGUAGUCCCGAAUUAUGGGCCACUAUCACGACUCCCAUGUCUAUGAAGGGCACAAACUCUCUCCGUUUUGAUCCAGUCAAAUUCACUAGACUUUGGCUCGAACGAUCUAGGGCAGCACCGCUUCACGUUUACCUGUCCAUACCGCCUCUGGCUUUAGCCCUCAACCUUGCCGUCGAAGUCAUUGUACCCGAAGUCAUGCGCCACUCCAAUCGUCUCAGAACGUUGUUCAUCAAUGCAGAUUUUGGAGGUCUACAUUUUCCCAAUUACAGAGGACUCUUGUCUGCGAUCAGGACGCGUACGGAGGCAAACUCACCCCUGCGCCAUGUCUCCAUUCGAUUUUCACCAUGCGUUCACACCCAAGUUACGGAAAACGAGUCCCUUAUUGAAACAUGCUGGGGCCAGGACACUGGAACGACAUCACCAUUCUCUUCUGUGCAAAUGUUGCGCGUUGAGGGUAUCCGAAUCGGGCCAGCCUUUUUUCCCAGUUUGGUGUCACUCGUCCUUUGGGACUUGACAUCGACUCCUCUAGAAUUCACUCGCAUGAUCACAGCAUUACCCAACUUACGGCGGCUCUCUUUACUGCGCCUUCGCACAUUCGUCACAGAGGACCGCCCCACACCGGUAAUCGUACCGAACCUUGAAUUCCUCGCCCUCAGCUUCUCCCGUCGUUUAGCGAAUGCCAACCCAGCAUACCCGGCCACGUACCUUCGCCUUCCUAACCUCAAAAUAUUGGAAUUGGACGGAGAAGUUGCAGUACCCAUCUGCUCAUGUCUCGAUUCGGCCUUCGCAACUUCCAUCAGCAAUUUGGAAACCCUACGGCUUCGGAAUCAAGUCCGGUUCGCUCUCGAUUCCGGAUCGUCCUCCACAUGGACGGACAUCCAGCUCCUCCACAAGCUCCUAUCUAUCCGCUCUCUUGAGCUCAUCAAUUCGUCUGUAGGCGCGCUUCUUCACACGGAGAGGCCCCCCUCUUCCCGCCAACGACGGAGUUCCCUUAGAACCGCUCGACCGACCAUCUCCCCACGUCUAGCUGAAACAAGUCGCAAUUUAGACGCUAUGUUCCAGCAGAUGCGUAUCAAUGGACGACAAGAGGAGGCAGUACCUGAACCAGCAGCUUUGGACGUACCUGGCGAGUCCGUGUCGUCAAUCCCACCGAUUACCUGGCCCAACCUCGAAUCCGUUUCACUCGAUUCAAUGAACGUACAGGACCUUGUCAGCCUUUGCCGUUAUGUUUCUAAAAACAGAAACAUAAAAACGGUGCGAUUGUCGGCCACUCCUAGACGUCACUUGUCGCAAAGUGUCAAACACCGGAUUGGUGAUGGUACGUUCUACGCCCCGACCUUCAUCAGUUCGAGGAAAGCAUGGGGUGGAUCGAAGGAAGAGGCGGUUGGCACGGGCUCUGACGUAGAGAGUGCACAAACAUGGAUGGAAGGACGUGUCCAGAUCUUGCCAUUUGAGCACGACUUGUAG